AAAACCCUACACCACAACAAGAUACAAAAAAUGUUCUCCACAUCAUUUGCCUUGCCAAGAUCGAACAAGAAUACUUGGAAGAUGAUGAUGAAUACAAAGUCUUCCUGUCAACAACAGCAGAAACAAUAUAAAAGUUCAAUGAUGAUGGUUGUGGUCAGCAUGAUGAUUGUUGCAACAACUUUUGUAUUAUUGGUUGGAGGAGUAAAUUCAAGUAAUACACCUUCAUCAACAUUACCUUCAUCGAUGAAGAUUUGGAUAUAUUUUAAUAAUAAGGGAAUUGAUGAGAAGAAUUCACGAUCGUCUUUGCAUCUUCCUUCGAUCAUUGAUGGAAGAAUAACAAAACUUAAAAGUUUAGCUUCGGAAAGCUUGGAAAAACACUUUCCUACAAGUGUUCCAAUCAGCGAGAAGGCACUUGCAAGAAGACGUAAAGUUGUUCAAGAAUCAAUUUCCUUGAAGAGAGAUGUUAGUGGUGAGGAAUUAUCACUCUAUUCAAUUCAUGAUGUUCCUAUUGUAGAAGAAUACGUACAAAAGAUUGUAAAUAUGUUAAGACAAGAUCAAAAAAUUGGAGCACGUAGUAAUUGGUUGAAUGCCAUUACAGUUUCUGAUGUAACACAAGAACAAAUUGAAAAGAUUCAAAAAUUAGCAUUUGUAGAUAGAAUUGAAAGAGUUGCCACUUUCAAAAGAUCAAACUUAGAGGAAAGAAAUCAAAAGGUUGUUAAUACAAGACAUGUAGCUGAUGAUUCUAGUUAUGGAGUGGCUUUCAACCAAUUAAAUCAAGUGAAUGUUGUGGCUACAAGAAAUAUGUAUCCUGAACUAAAUGGAACUGGUAUCACAAUUCUUGUUUGUGACAGUGGAUUCCACCUUCAACACAAAGCACUCAAAUCAAUUCAUAUUACUGGACAAUAUGACUUUGUAAAUAAGGACACUAAUACUGAUAACGAAAGUGGAGAAGCAGCUACAACUUCUAAUCAUGGUACACAAUGUUUAUCUGCUAUUGCUGGUUAUGAUCUUGGUAAUUUUAUGGGACCUGCUCCAGGCGCUUCAGUAUUAUUAGCUAAAACUGAAGAUGUCAGAACUGAAACACAAGUAGAAGAGGAUAAUUUUAUUGAAGCUAUUGAAUGGGGAGAAAGAUUGGGAGCAGAUAUUGUUAGUGCCUCACUUGGAUAUACUGAUUGGUAUUCACAUUCAAAGAAGGAAUUUAAUGGUGUCACUUCACCACUCACUAGAGUUGUCAAUAUUGCUUCUCGUUACAAGGGAUUAAUUAUGGUGCUAGCUGCUGGAAAUGAAGGUGCAGGUGGAAGUAAUACUAUCGGAACUCCUUCGGAUGGAUUUGAUGUUAUCUCAGUUGGAUCAGUGGAUGUUAAUGGAAAAAUUUCAUACUUUUCAAGUAGAGGACCUUCCGAUGAUGGAAGAACAAAACCUGAAGUUAGUGCAAGAGGUAGCUCAACAUACUUGGUUUCUCCAAAUACAGAUAGUGACUAUUUAACAAGUUCUGGAACAAGUUUUGCCACUCCAAUUGUUGCUGGUUGUGUUGCAUUAAUUCUUCAGAAAAAUCCAACCUGGACUCCAUAUCAAAUGAGAAAAGCAGUCAUGAUGACAGCAUCCAAAAAUACUGAACCAGGUAAUGAUUUAGGUUGGGGUAUUGUCAAUACUCUUGAUGCUAUGCGAUAUAUUCAAUCUAAUUCUUCAUUUGAAUCAACAUUCAAUGAUUCACCAACUUCUUGCCCAGCUACUACAAAUUUAGGACCUGUUUAUAAUAGUGAAUGUGGUUGGAAAGCCAAUAGGGGUGUAUGCUUUAACGGAGAAUGUAGAUGUUAUCUUUCCUCAACUUCAUCAUGUGACAUUCCAUCAUCAGCUUCUUCCAUCACUCUCAAAUGUGGACUUCAUAAUUGUAAGAGUGGUAUUUGCUCUAAGGAUGAAUGUCAAUGUUUCUAUGGUUGGGCUGGUAUUGAUUGUAGUACUCAAGGAAAUUUAUCUAAUACUUUGAGUGUUAGUAUUUAUGGACUGAUGUUCAUUGUUUUACUGCUUACUUUAUUGUAAAUUUUGUGAUAUUUUAAAUUAUUGAAAUCAAAUAUUGAAAACAAUCGUCAAAAUAAAUUAACUGUUUUGGUGUUUUUGUGUU